AUGGAGAUGGCACGGCGUCGCGUCGAGAUCAGCGUCCAUGACCCGCUCGCGCAUGACGACGACGCGCCGGACGAGGUGACCUUGAGCACGACGACCCACAUGGAGAUGACGCUGGACGAGAUGAACAUUGAGCUCGAGCUGCAGAUCGACUCGGAUGGCAUCGCGCGGUCCUUCUUCGAGUGCGCAGCGGAAGGCAACGUCGAGACGCUUCGCAUCCUCCUCAUGACCGACCCGAGCGGCGAGCUCCUCAACUCGGUCGACGUCGACGGCUUCUCGGCGCUCAUGAUCGCCGCAGCGGAGGGCAAUUCGGAGGUCGUCCUUGAGCUGCUUCGGCUCGGCGCAGAUGCCAACCUGCGGACGUUUGAGCUCAAGAGCGCAGCGCUCCAUUUUGCAGCCAAGAAUGGCGAUCCGGUCAUCGUCGAAGAGAUUCAAGUCACCAACUUGGUCGUUGUCGUAAGCUGCAUGGAUAUUGCAUUAGACACACCGCUCGUCUGGGCUUGCAUCGAAGGCCGGGACGAAGCCGUGCGCAUCUUGCUUGACCAUGGCGCCGAUCCGCGCGUGAAGAACCACUUUGACGCGACGACGCUCAUGUGUGCGACAAUGCUGGGCGACGACGCGACCGAGGGCAUCGACGCGUGCCGCAAGAACAUUGUGGCCAUGCUACUGCAGCAGUGCCCCGAGAUGGUCAACGCCCAGGACCGCGAUGGAACCACGGCGAUGCACUUGGCCGCGUCCUGCGGCUACUUGCAGUGCGUUCAAGAGCUCUUGGCGCAUGGCGCCGACAUUACGAUUCGAAACGCGAUUGGGCAAACGCCGCUCGAGGAAGCCGAGCUCACGGGUUGCAAUGGCAGUGAGCGCUGCGUCGAGUACCUUCAGUCGCGCUGGCUCAUCCUCGAAGAGGAGGCCAAGGCCCGCAUGAUGACGAUGCUCGAGAUGGAAGACAGCCAAGCGACGACGACGCCGAAGAAAGCGGCCGCCAACAAGAAGAAGAAGAAGGCGAAGAAAGCAGCUCAAAAGAAGACCAAGGCCAAUAAGAGCGCCGUGACGCUAGCCAUCGACGGUCCUGACUCGGACGACGACGAGGACGCAGCCGUGGACACUCCUGCCCCGUCGCCGACGCCCGCCACGAAACCAUACGAGACGGACGACGAGAAUGCCAUGGCGUGGACAACCGUGAGUCGCAAACCUGCGCCCAGCACCAAGGCCGACAAGAAAAAGGACGGCGACGCGUCACCAACGGCACCCAAGCUCUCGACGACCAAGGGGCAGGCCAAGCCAACUACCCCCAAACGUCCGAUCAAAGAGAGUGCGCCAGCAUCCACAAAGGUUACUGUUGCGGCGCCGGCGCCGACCACUCGGGCGCUGGAGCCACCACUAGCUGCCAUUGACGCCCACGACGCACCACAAGCAGUCGUGCCAGAAGCGGUCGUACCAGAAGUUGUUGCACUUGAGGCCGUCGCACCAGAAGCAGCGGUGUCGGAGCCAGCCAUCCACAAGGACACCACCGAGGACCGUCCGGCCGCACAUGGCAGCACGCUCCUUCAGAAAGCGCUGACGGCCGAGAGCGAAUCGGAGGACGACGGAACACCCGACUUUCUCAUGCGCUUGCCCUCGCUCGACGCGACGCCGUCGUCGCCAGAGUCGGCUCCCUUCUCCAACAGUGAUCACGUCAGCACGUUGUCGCCUGUGAGUCAGCUCUUCCAGCCGAGCUACACACCUUCGCCCUUUCUUCGGCCUCGACCCAUGUGGGGCCGCUUUAGCUCGUCCGAGGCCCGGUCGUACCGUCGACAGCCCGUGUCCCGGGGCGUGCUCAAGACCAAGCUCUCGUGGCUCGACCCGCUACCGGUGCACGUGCGCGAUGCGCUCAGCAUGCUUGCAUGCGGCUUUUGCGCCGACCUCAUUUCGGAGAACGUGCAGUGCACGGCCUGCACGCAGCUCUACUGCCACCUCUGCGUCCCUGCACCCACUUUUGCGUGCGUGCGCUGCGGGCACAUCCUCAUGCGCUCCGAGAUGAAGCACAACGCGUUUGCACAGGCGCAAGCGGCGUCGGUCGGGCUCUUGGCGACGACGCCGUCGACGACGCUGGAGGACCCGAACCCGCGCAUGACGACCGACGAGCUACAGACGCGCUUGUAUGCGCGGGAGCCCAUGGCCGAGCAAGUCGCGCUGCAUCCCAUGGGCCUCGUGCCAGGCCAGGACGCGUACUUGGCGAGCUGCAGCAUGGCCCAGCUCGACGUCCUGGAAGACCUCCACUAUACGGGUCUGCGCGACAUCAACAAGACGCGCAUGGAGUGGAUUCGGGCCCAGGAGCGCAUGAAGUACGAAGAGGAGCUCAAGACGACGCAGAGUGUCUACUCGCUCUACCACCAGCCACAACAAUAGCCACAGACAACAAUAGAGCAUGCUCUGUACAAC